AUUGAAAUGGCUCAUUAUAUUCAAGGAAAAUCACAAUGUGGAGGUAAUAAGUGUUUGUAUGGUGUCAAGAGCUAUUCAAAUAAUUUUGGAUUUGAAAACAAUGCAACAAUUUAACUUGAAAAAAGAUCCGUAAGAAAGAAGAUCCAACACCAUUUUGAUGAUAUUAUGAUACAUUCAUGAAUCAUGAUGGUGAUGGUUAUGAUGUAUGAAGUCGAUAAUUCUUGUGGCCAAGGACCGUGGAGCACAUUACAGAUUUAGGGGGCUAAAUCGUUUUUUUGGGGAGAGGGGGGGCGGAGCUAAACAGGUUAAAAACCAAGAGCAAAGCAAUUUUCUGUAUGGUUGUAUGUACAUUUUUGAAAGUAUUGGGGGGGGGCUAAAGCCCCCCACUUCCGUGGUACCUGCUUUUGGCUGAAACCCACCGAUUAACUUGCAUCUGUGUAUUUGACGCUUUCUGCAUUGAUUUUAAUUUACAGUUUUGAUGUCACAAUACUAACUGCCCAGACUGGAAACUUUGGUGCGCGCCCGCAAUAUCUUGCCCGCGCACCUGUCUGCGCGCUUUUCGAAAUUGGCCGCGCAAAUUAUUCAAACACGACUGUGGCCGCGCAAACUCAUCAAACGUGAAUGUGGCCGCGCAAACAAGUGAUAAAGAUCUUUCCACAACUUUAUGGUGUAACUUCGACGUUGUUUUCACACCACAACAAUGCCAUGCCAGGAACAGCACCAACAACAAAUAUGCGUGCUUAGGAAUCUGGGCCCCAUGAGAGGAAACGGUUUGUUGUUUUGCCCGCCAUUACAGCUUAGCAACCGUGAUCACCAUCAAAUUCGCUAUGGUUUCGUGUUUUAUUUGAUAUCUGGAUUUCGAUAAAGCGUUUUGGAGAAAGUCCGAAUAGAUGCUUAUAUGGAUGAAAUUGUUUGUACUAUUUGCAAAAGAGAAUGUGGCUCACAUUGGUGUAAAAUAUGUAAAAAACCAUGCCACUCAAUUAAACCAUGUGGAAAAACUGAUGGAGAGGAGGGGUAUGGGUCUGCAGUCAUAUGUAAAAACUGUUCUUCCUCAGCUGCGUCAAAUGAUUCUUCUGGAGGUGCUGUUAAAUCCUUCCUUCAGCAUUUCAAAAGACAACCCAAAGACUCCAUCUUUGAAGUAAAGCCAAAAAGGGUCAGAUCUGGAUAUGAAACAACUCAAAUUGCCAUUUGCUUGAAAUGUUUUCAAGAUCAAAAACCAAAGUUCUGGCUAAGCAGAUUUAAUCAAUCAACAGUGAAGAAGCAUAUGGAGACUUCCCAUGGAAAUCACAAUAUUUCUUCCAAAGACAUUGUUCCAGGAAAUGCAAUUGCUGCUGCUGAGGCAAUGAGAAAAUAUUCAGAGAUAAGCAAGCUUAAAAUCAGUGAAAAUUUAAAAGUGUGGAAAGAGUCCAAACCUUCGCAAAAAUCUUCAACUGAAGAAGGCACGGAUGUUAUCAGUAAAGUGAAUGACUCUGAGCUAACAGCCAGUCUGGCAGAAGAAUCAACAUUUUUAUCAAAAUCGCCAAUGACUCAUCUCGAAACAAAUGAGGAUAUAACAAAGAAAUCAGAUCUGUAUCAGGAAACUUUGGAAUCUUUGUUGCCCUCUGCAGUUCCUAAACAACAAUCAAUUGGUACUGAUGAAAGUUCGUUUGACUCUGUUGCCAAUCUAAUUGCUGAGAAGGUUGCCAAAAUAAUUCAGAAGAAUGGGCCAAAAACAUCAUCCAGUACUGUUGAUACGAAAUUAAAUUCCUCAAAUUUAAAUGAGUUUUUGGAAAACUUCCCAGACUUUAAAGUUAUUAAAGACGAAGGCAUGGGUCACAUUCUCAAAUGUACCCCAUGCAGCAGUUUUAUUGCAAGCCCAUAUGACAAGAGACCUCCUUCGAGAAGAGGUAAUAUUUCAUCUGCUGGGUCAUUAGCAACUGGACUCACUCUCAGUUUUGACACCUAUUCAAACUUGUGUUUUGGACAUUGCCAAAAAUGGUUUGAUUUGAAGUUCAAGCUACAGAAACAUUUGUCCUCAGAGGGGCAUCUAAUGGCCUUACAGCAUGCAAAAUUAUUGAGAAAAGGAGAAAAAAGACGGUCAUUGGUAGUAAAAAACCAAUUAAGGACAGCAUUGGGAGUUGUAAAAUCAAAAUCUGCAGCUCUACAUUAUGAGACAAGGCUAGCAGAGUUAUAUGCUGCUGGAGUUGAUGUUGGCGACUAUGGGCACUCCAGAAAACUCUUUAAUGCAAUGAUAAAGGCCACAUGCAAUUACAUUGACAUGAGAACAAAAAGAUUCCUAAAGAUGCCUCUUCCAAACACAGGUAUGACUCCACAUUUCUAUGUGACAGCAGACAAAUCAACUAAUCAUAGAAUUGUCAACCAAGUCACUAUGGUGUGUCUAAAAUGUGUUUAUCCUGUACCAUUUGCCAAAUUUGCGAUUAGUAGACAGAAGUUAAAUGCCAACUUGUGA